GGGGCUGCGCCCGGGGCGGGGGCGCGGGCGGGGCGUGUCCUCGAAGGCCCCGGGCCGAGCAUUCUCUCCACUCGGAGCGCUUACUCCUACAGCCGCCUGCCGGGGUUGAUACUACAAAGUGUGAUUGAUCAAGCUGGCCAGCAAUGUCCUCUGCCCCACCCUGGUCCAGAAGAAAAUAGACCUGACUGUUAUGCCUGCUUCCAGAUCUGGUGGCUCUGGAAAUCAUUCUGACCACUGCUUCAGCCACCAUAGGAGUGGCAAGAUCCCAUCUGCCAGGUGAAGGGCAGACCACUGACUUUUGACCUGUACCUGCUGGUCCUUCUGACUUAUAGAGCUUUCUUGCUAGCUGGAGGCCUUGUGCUCCCAGCCAUCUGACCUCCUCCACGUUUCUGCAGGCCCAGCAUGGGUGAAUUCAAUGAGAAGAAGGCAACAUGUGGCACAGUCUGCCUCAAGUACCUGCUGUUCACCUACAACUGCUGCUUCUGGCUGGCCGGCUUGGCCGUCAUGGCAGUGGGCAUUUGGACAUUGGUACUCAAGAGUGACUACAUUAGUCUGCUGGCUUCAAACACCUAUCUAGCCACAGCCUACAUCUUAGUGGUGGCUGGUGGCGUUGUCAUGGUGACCGGAGUCCUGGGCUGCUGUGCCACUUUCAAGGAGCGACGGAACCUGUUACGCUUGUACUUCAUCCUGCUCCUCAUCAUCUUCCUCCUGGAGAUCAUUGCUGGCAUCCUGGCCUAUGUCUACUACCAGCAGCUGAACACAGAGCUCAAGGAGAAUCUCAAGGACACCAUGACCAAGAAAUACCACCAGUCAGGCCACAAGGGUGUGACUAAUGCUGUAGAUAAGCUACAGCAAGAGUUCCACUGUUGUGGCAGCAACAACUCUCAAGACUGGAGAGACAGUGAAUGGAUCCGCUCUGGUGAGGCAGAAAACCGUGUGGUUCCUGACAGCUGCUGUAAGACUGUGGUACCUGGCUGUGGUAGGCGGGACCAUGCCUCCAACAUCUAUAAAGUGGAGGGUGGCUGUAUCAGUAAGCUGGAGACCUUCAUUCAGGAGCACCUGCGGGUCAUUGGGGCUGUGGGCAUCGGCAUCGCCUGUGUACAGGUCUUCGGCAUGAUCUUCACCUGCUGCUUAUACAGAAGCCUCAAGUUGGAACACUACUGACCAUGGUGCCAGGCCAGGCUGCCAGCCUUGCACUAUGUCCCACCCCACUACGAAGUACUACUGAGUUAGACUGCUGACUGCCAGAGAGGUAGCUGUCCUCAUGCCAUCACUACAACCCCACCUCAGGGGUAGCUUCAAGUGCCUUUCACUGCAUACCAAAGUACCAAGGCUUGAGGCAAUGUACUUGCCCCAGGAUAAGAGGGGGCAGGUAUGCCAGUGUUGGGCUAGGCCUACCUGGUAGAAUUGGGUUUAGAUUAUUUGACAAAAGUGCCUCUUGCCCACAGGCUACUUUCCUUGGGUAGCUGUGAUUUGCAUUAAGUGUUGGGGGAGAACAUGGGUUUACCACUUGCAUGGUGGGUAGAAGCAGGUGGGAAAGGCCAUUCUGGGUGGUCUAGGUACCUUUCAUGCCUGCUGCUGGGAACACUCAGAUGUGCUUGCUCCAAAGCAAUGGGGCAACCCGAGGGGAACUCCAACCCCACUCACUGUAUAUGCCGUCCUUUCCAUCCAGGCUUCUCUUGCUCCUAACAUCCUCAGCCCUGGCUCUCCCCCACUUCUGAUAACACUGUGCAAAUGCCCCAUGUUCCUAUAUACUGUCUCCUUUUGGAACAUCUCUGAACGGGGGUAUGGCUGUUUCCAUCCACUGUUGUAACCCUGAUGCCCACACAUGCUCCUGCUUUGUAACAGGUGCUCAAUAAAUAUAUGAACAGUUGA